CCUUUGUUUCUGUUGUCGUUGUCUGAGCAGCUAUCAUUCAUGGCUCAGCCAAGUCGAGACCCGAGUGACGUGUUUGACCGACUCGCUGGACUGUUCCACGACCUCGCCGACAUGGUUCGAGAGACUGUCGCGGACGGUGCUGCACCGGGGAUGCCUGUGGCUGUGGCUGUGGCUGCACCGCCACCGCUGACGCUGCCGCAUGCGUCGGAGUUGCUGACGUUGGACGGCGCGCGAACGGCAGCCAAGUACGUUGCAGUCCAGGGCCAGACUGCCCUCCGCGCCAUCCCCGGAUAUCCAUCGAGCGUUGUCGCUGCUGCAUCCACGGGCGCCGCGGCCGUCGCAGCAGCUGGCCUGGGCGCGCUCUGGUGGAAGUCGUCGUUCGGCGACCCUUCACAUGCUGCUCCGCCUCGCCGCUGGUUCUGGUCCAGCCCAACAAACCCAUCUCUAGCAAAUGGCGUCAAUGGCACAACAACAACAACAGCACCGCUGAAUCAAGGCGGACAUGAGACGCUGGCCGGUGGUGCUGCGUUUGACGAGGUCGCCAUGCGCCGCAAGCGAAGACUCGCCAAGACAAGUAACGAUCCUUACGUGCCAGGGACCAAGAACAUUGACGGCAAUUCGUGCUACAUCAACGCGCUAAUGCAGGCUUUCGCGUCUGUUGGGAAGCUGCACGAGUUUCUGUGUGCCCAUGCAGACAACGCCCGGAUAUUGGGGCAUGGUGGACAGCUACCUCUUGUUGUAGGCGUGGCUGACUUUCUCGAUGCCUUGAAUGAGCGACAACCCUCUUCGAAUUCAAAACCGCUUGCUGCGUACACUGUGCUUGAUCCGCUCUGCGCAAAAUAUGGAAUGCUCAACGGUCGGCAGCAAGACCUGCACGAACUGUUUCAAUUCGUCUCCUCGACCUUGACUGACGAACUGGCAGCCAUGCAGCACGCCAGCAAGCGAACACUUUCCAUCGACAAGAAUCUUGCCAUCCCUAGUCGGUCUUGCCUCUCGUUUGCAUCGCCAAUGAUUGGUCUCGUGGCGACUCAAUUGGUCUGCAGCGCCUGUGGGCAUGAGGGCUCCUUGAGACUCGAUCCUUUCGAUAACAUUAGUUUGCCUUUGUAUGCAGUCGAUAGCUUCUCUCCUUCUUUGCUUGACUGCCUUGCAGCGCAUUUCUCCACACAGCCGCUGGAAGGCAUCAAGUGUGACAACUGCUACGACCGUGCAGUCCCAUUAUCGUGGCAGUCCUCCGCCAGCAACACUCCAUCCAAGGCUGGCAAGGUUUCCCUUGCGGCGAUGGCGGCGGCUCAAGGUCGACGCUGGCAGCCCACUUUGCGUGGUCGCGGAUCCCUCCACGUUGCGCUUGCUAAACUCCCGCCAGUGUUUGCCAUCCACCUCUCGCGCCUCGUGUACACGGAUUCCGGCAACGUCAAGGCCGACAAGCACGUUCGUUUCCCCAUGGUGUUGGAUUUAGCCCCUUUUGCCUACCUGGAGCAGCAACACAAUGCAAUCGCAACCAUGGGCCCAGAGCCGCUCGCGCGUCUCAUCCGUGCAGCAACCCGAUCCACAGAAGCAGGCUCUACAGCCCAGAGUUCUACGUCCAGCGAUCGCAACGCCUACCGCUACAAGCUUUCCGCGGUUGUCGUUCAUCUCGGUGGUGGAUCCGGCGGGCAUUUCGUCACGUACCGGAAAAUUAAACGCGUGUACCGUGUGCCCGCCGCCGUUGCUGCUGCUGAUACUCCUUCUUCUGUUAAUGCCUCUGUUUCCAGUGAAGGAACAGAGUCGUCACUUCCUGCAGGUGGAGCCGCGCAAGAAGCCGACCUAGUCAAAGAAGCCACCGCUGUCUCGGACGCGUCCUCCUCGGCAACAUCCGCUGAACCUUCGACCGUCAUCAAGGAGCAUUGGCUGCAUUGCUCGGACGAUGUCGUGCGCAUGGCCACCACCCACGAAGUUCUGAGCUCGCAAGCCUACAUGCUGUUUUACGAGCGCGUCGGGGCGGCCUCCAGCUCCACCAUUUCUGCAGGGAUACAGCAUGCGUCCAAGCUGUAAUUGAGGAUGAUGAUGUUGUUGUUGGUGGUGCUAUUCUUUUCUUGUGGUGAUCAACAAAACAGCGGAAAUUUGCAGUG